AUGACUACACCUAUCCAAAGAGAUGUAUAUAAUCCUCUACUUUUCGAAAUUGCUUGGGAAGUCGCUAAUAAAGUGGGUGGUAUCUACACUGUGAUCAAGACCAAAGUGCCUGUAACCAUGCGCGAAUUUGGUGAUCGUUAUACGUUAAUUGGCCCUUUAUCUUAUAAGUCUGCUCCUAUGGAAGUUGAAGCAUGUGAACCCGCUAACGAAAAGAUCAAGCAAGCACUUGAUACUAUGACUCAACAGGGCGUAAAAUAUCUUUAUGGUCGCUGGCUGGUUGAAGGAUCUCCUUAUGUGCUCUUGUUUGAUACGGGCAGUGUUGCUCAUAAGUUGGAUGAAUGGAAGGGUGAUCUUUGGCGUGUUGCUGGCAUUCCUUCUCCUCCUAACGAUACUGAGACAAACGAUGCUAUUCUUUUUGGUUAUUUAGUUACUUGGUUUGUUGGUGAAUUUGCACCCAAGUACAACAAAUCUGGAGACCCCGCCAUUAUAUGUCACUUCCACGAAUGGCUAGCUGGUGUAGCCAUUCCCCUCAUCAAGAAGCGUCAUCUUGACGUUUGUACCAUUUUCACUACACAUGCCACUUUGUUGGGUCGUUACUUAUGUGCUGGCUCUGUUGACUUUUAUAACAAUCUCUCCAAGUUUGACGUUGAUGAAGAAGCUGGCAAGCGUGGUAUUUAUCACCGUUAUUGUAUUGAGCGUGGCGCUGCUCAUUGUGCUGAUGUCUUCACGACUGUUUCCCAUAUCACGGCUUAUGAAUCCGAGCAUUUGUUGAAGCGUAAACCUGAUGGUGUCUUGCCUAAUGGUCUGAACGUUGUCAAGUUUUCGGCCAUGCAUGAAUUCCAAAACCUUCAUGCUGUAGCUAAAGAAAAAAUCCAUGAUUUCGUACGUGGUCACUUUUAUGGCCAUUAUGAUUUCGAUCUUGAUAACACCAUCUACAUAUUUACCGCAGGCCGUUACGAAUAUCGCAAUAAGGGUGUUGAUAUGUUUAUAGAAUCUCUUUCUCGUUUAAAUGCUCGUCUCAAAUCUUCUGGUUCCAAAAUGACUGUCGUUGCCUUUGCUAUUAUGCCUACAGCUACACAUUCAUUUAACGUAGAGGCUUUGAAGGGUCAAGCUGUGACUCGUCAAUUGCGUACAACAGUAAGUGAAAUUCAAGAUCGUGUCGGUAAAGCCAUCUAUGAAAACGCUCUUCGCAUUGAAGACAUCAACCCUGCCAAUUUCCUCUCAGACGCCGACAAAGUGUUAUUGAAGCGUCGUGUCUUUGCGCUCAAGCGUACUUCUUUACCACCCAUUGUCACACACAACAUUGUAGAUGACCACAAGGAUCCUGUCUUGAAUCAGUUAAGAAGACUUGGUAUGUUCAAUAACUCAGAUGAUCGUGUCAAGGUUGUAUUCCAUCCUGAAUUCUUGAAUGCCAAUAACCCAUUGAUUGGUAUGGACUAUGAAGAAUUUGUGCGUGGUUGUCACUUGGGUGUCUUCCCUUCAUACUAUGAACCUUGGGGCUAUACACCUGCUGAAUGUACUGUGAUGGGUGUUCCUUCUGUCACUACUAAUUUAUCUGGCUUUGGUUGUUUUAUGGAAGAAAAUAUUGAAAACUGUGAAGACUAUGGUAUUUACAUUACAGAUCGUCGUAUGAAGUCUGUGGAAGAUUCUCUUCAGCAAUUGUGUGAUCAAAUGUACCAAUUUGUUCAAAAGACACGCCGACAACGUAUUAACCAACGUAACCGUACAGAGCGUUUAUCUGAUCUUCUAGACUGGAAGCGUAUGGGUCUUGAAUAUAUCAAGGCACGUCAACUUGCUCUUCGUCGUGCUUAUCCUGAUAGUUUUGUUGAUGACGAUGAUGAAGAAGAACUCUUACAGAGCAAUGUUGUCAAGAUCCCUAAGCCUUUAUCUGCUCCUGCUUCACCUCGUAUGAGAAUGGAAGUCAAUUCUAUGUUUAAUGACGAUGAAGAAGAAGAAGAAUUCCUGUUCCCUGCUCUUCGUAAAAAGAACCAAGUGCAGACUAGAGAACAAGAAUUGUUAAGUGAAGGUGAUAUUGAAGCAUUUAAUAAGUUAACACUUGAAAACAAAGAAGCCCACCAUUCCUAA